AUGCCAUUUUCCCUUGAGAAGCUCGACAUACGCCACUGUGUGGUUGCAGCUGAUUUCUUCAGUAGUGACUUGCCGCAUCUGAAAGAUCUUUCCAUGAGGUGGUGCAGAAGCUCUGCAUCAUUGUCGAUUGGUCAUUUAACCUCCCUCCAAAGAUUGUCACUGCGAAAUUUACAGGACCUGUGCUUUCUUGAAGGCUUGUCUUCACUGCAACUAUCCAGUGCACAAUUUGUACAUGUCCCGAACCUCAAUAUGAAGUUCAUCUCACAGUUGCGAGUCAAGAAUAAUCUUCAUGUUAGCAGUUCUGUAAUGCUCAACCACAUGCUCUCAGAUGAAGGUUUUACAGUUCAAAAAUUUCUCGGUCUUGAAGGAUGCAAUGAGUCCUUUACAUUUGAAGAAUCUGCAGAUUGCUCAUCUAUCAAGUGCCUGUUAUUUUUUGAUUGUGAAAUCAGUUCCUUGCCAGGAAAUCUGAAGUGCUUUUCAUGUCUGCGGACAGUCAAGAUUAUUAAAUGCCACAAUAUAUCAUUUUUACCCGAUUUGCCAUCUUCCCUCAACAGAAUAGAAAUGUGUGGUUCUGAACUCUUGAGGGACAGCUGCCAAGCACCUGAUGGUGAUAGCUGGCCAAAGAUUGAGCAUAUCCGCUUCAAAGGUUUUAAUUGA